CCGGCCAGGGCUACUAGACAAGUUCAGAUGAUUCCAUGAUGACCCACUCCCUGUCUUUCAAGAGCUCUCACUUAGGUCUCUCAGCAGUUAGACCCACCAUAAAGUAAAAAAGAGGAACGCUUAUAAUAAAUAUAUAUGUGUAUAUGUCUAUUUAUAUAUGCAAAAUUAUGGAAAUUUUACAGUCUCUCUCUCUGAAGAGAUCAACUACCACUUGGAUCACGGAAUCAAAGCACCCCAAUUUGGCAAAUGGACCGCUCAAUCCGCAAGUUCAGGCGUCGUCUCCUUUCAUGGUUUCGCCGAUCUGGACCCGGUCCAAUUUGGUUUAUCAAGCAUUUUUCUUACAAAGAUAUAAAGAGGGCAACAGAUGGUUUCCACAGAAUCAUGUACAGCAACUCUCAUGGAGCUGCUUAUAAGGCCAAAUUCCGAGAUGGUGGGAUUGCAUUGGUGAAAGAAAUUAGUGAUGAAAAUCAAGGAGAAGAUGUUUUCUACAGGGAAGUGCAACUCUUGGGACGUUUGCAUCACCGCCACCUUCUUGCUCUUAGAGGUUUUUCUUCCGGGCGUAAGAGAUUUCUAGUGUUUGACAACAUAGAAAAUGGGAGCUUGAAGGAGCAUCUGAAUGAUCCGCUUAGGACACCCUUGAAUUGGAGGACUAGGCUACAAAUAACCAUUGGAGUCGUGGCCGCAUUGGAGUAUUUGUUUCUGUUUAAUGAUCCCCCAAUCUAUCAUGUUUCCAUUAGCUCAAGUAACAUCAUGUUAGAUGACAACUUUAAUGCCAAGCUCUCCGAUGUCAGCCUUGUAAGUUCUGACGAUGGACAUUAUGUCACAAUUCCUCAUACCUCAUGUUCAAAAGAUUGUAUAAGUCAAGAAUGCGGUAGCAUUAUAUACCAACUCGGUGUGCUGAUCCUUGAGCUCAUCACCGGUCAGUCGUCGGAGAGGAAAGGUUCUGACUUAAUCCAGUGGAUCCAAGCAUCUCACUUCAGGAGUUCCAUGCAUAAUAUGAUAGACCCUGACUUGGGAAAUAGCUAUGAUUCUAAGGAGCUUAAGAACCUUUUAGCUGUAGCAAAAAUAUGUAUUGCCUCCAGGGAUAAACCAACAUUUUCAGUCCUGCAAAUAUUUCGAUAUCUGCAAAAGAAGGUGGACAUUCCUUGACGAAUAGUGUUUUAAACUCUCCAAAGUAAAUUAGUAGGGAAAUUUUGUUUUGUUUUGUUUUGUUUUUUUUUUUUUUCUUAAAUUGAAAUUGAAUUUAUUGUUUCAUUAUGUUUAGGAAAGGAAAUUUUCAUUUGCUUCUAUUUUGUUUCCAAUUUCAAGAGUAAAAAAAUGUACUCAGCGUGCUUCUCCUGAAAAAGAAUAAAUUUGGAAUUCAUGGUUUC